AAUCGCGAGCAUCUCUUCGUCUCUCUUGCUUUGCCAAGGGAGACUUCAGUGUUUGCUGCGCUUGCUUCGGCCCAUCAACCGCAUGUCUGGGCUAAACCGGCACGUGCAACGGGACGAAGAGGAAAAAAGUGAGGGUGAUUCGGUACGGCAGGGGUGUUUAAUCAGUCCGAAAGGGUGGUUCUUGAUAAUCUUUUAAGCUUUUCGCUUGGGAAAAGCUUCGCUCUGAAGUAGAACUCACGAAAUUCUCACCCGAACGAAAUAGCAAGUGAAAAUAGCAGCAGUUUGCAAAGACGCUCUAGGAAAUAAUAUUCGUGUCGAAAAAUUGUUAGGCAAAGAGCUCGCAAUCGGUCGCAAUCGUUCAGCUGGUCAUCACGAGGAUUGACGAAUUGGCACGUGGGAGAAGCUUGCUCUGAAAGCUAUCAAUCAAUGCGAGGGGAGCAGGUCGCAGUGGGAUGAUUAUUCGUUGUGAGAUUGCUCGAGAGAAUUGUUCGUGUUAAGAAGACAGAGAGAGAGAGAGAGGUAAUAUAUAUCGCGCAAACACAAUUCGAUGCGAAAACUUUCGAUAUUUAUUGAUCGGCUUCAGGAAAAAUGAGUUGUCAUCUCUCCUUUAUUCGAUGUGGAAGAUAGCACGUCAAGUUCUGUAGUAAUCGUAAUCUUUCGCCCUAGAGUAUCAGCAAGAUUCAUCAGAUAGCAUUUACCUUGAUUUUCUCUUAUCAUUAAGUUUCGAUUUAAUUCACCAAGAUCAAUUCUUCCAAUUGUGUCAGACUCAGCUUCCCGGUCGUCGGUCUGACAUUCGGUUCUCGCUGACAGCUUGGCGCUCAAGGUUUUCAAGAUACGCGAAGCACCCUGAUAAUAAACAUCUCGUGAAAAUCGCCCGGUCUAUGUUGCUCGACAUCGAUUCUCCAAUUGGAACGUGUGAUUCCGGAGAGCCACGAUAAUCCCACCAUGAUGCGUCGAGUGCCGUGCACUCCGAGAUAAGACGGUCCGCGCGAAACGGAGAGGCUGGCAUCGACGUGGUGGCGACGACGAAGACGAAGACGACGACGGUGGCGGUUGCGAGGGGUGUCGGGUGUGGGAGGACAAGGGUGGCGAGGGGACAAAGAAUCAAUGGAUCUGUAAUGUGUGCAAAGUGCGAUCGACACGGAUACCCAGAUAUCGCAGAUCGGGUCGCAGACGACGGAGGAGGCGAAAGAGAGGUCCUCGACGGAGACCGGGUCCGGAGUGGGAUGGAGAACGAAUGAGUAUUUUUCGAGAUUAUCUGUUUGAGAGAAACGUCUGGGCAAGCUCUCUCUAUCUAUCUUUCUCGGCUAUACGACGACGACAUUAAUUUUGCAGAGCGCGAAGCAGUGCAUCUUGAGAUACGCACGAUUGAUGACCGAGUGAGAAGAGCAGAAACAAAGUUGGUUUCUAUAUUCUUUAUAAAGCGAGGCAGACCAAGGAGACGACGACGACGACAACGAGAGGGAAGAAACGAAUAGGACGAAUAGCACGCAAUGUGUAUGUGUGUGUAUCUAUGUGCGUGUGCGUCGUCACUGCGUCGAGGAAGCAGCAAAACGUCGACGGAGGACGCGGAGCUAUUGCUAUUUUAGAGCCCGCCAAAUAUCUUGCCGCUGGUGGUACUGCGUUGACUGUAUAUGUGUUCUCUCGGUCCUUUUCUUCUCCCAUCCUGCCAUCUCUUUCGUGCUUCCCACGAGUGUUCUCCUCUUUCUCUCUCUCGUCUCUCUUCCCCGGCUGAUUCUCCCUCAUGGACGAGCGACCGAUUCUGCACGGAUGACGCAUAACAUCAGCCAAAAGUGUGACCUGUGACAGAUUGACCAUUCGAAUACCAGCCUUUUGAGCGGCCCAAAGAUUUCGAAGAAGAAUCUCCGUUAGAGUUAAAAGGAACGAGAUCAUCACAUAUCGCGCAGAGAAGAGAAUAAAAAUGGCGGGCGAAGAUACACAGAUCUUGUCGAACGGUAACGUGGAGGCCCUGACGAUCAUUCCGCCGACGAUGGCGAACGGAAACGGGCUGAUAUGCAAGCAGCACAACAACAACGGUUCGAUACCCAACGGGAAGUUGCAUGGUGGGAUCGGAGCCGCGGAAAAUGGCAAACUGAUCGUGCCCGAUGAGAGAUCGAGCAGCCUUCAUACGGAGUUUGAUGACGCCGAUAUUUCCUGCGGAUGGGGUCCUUUCAGACCACACUGGCUGCAAUACUUCGCUACGAAGCAAACCUUCCUCGUGUUUUUCUGCCUCACCUGGGUGCUUCAAGGCAUGUACUACACGUACUUCGUCUCCGUCAUCACGACAAUAGAAAAGCUCUUCCAGAUCCAGUCGAAGACGACAGGCAUCAUCAUGUCGGCCACGGAGAUCGGUCAGAUCGGAUCGUCCCUGUUACUGACGUACUACGGCGGCCAAGGUCACAGGCCCAAGUGGAUAGCCUGGGGCAUGAUCCUCUUCUCCCUGAGCUCGUUCACCUGUUCGAUACCUCACUUUAUCUUCGGUGAACAGCUGAUCCUUCAGAACGAGAUGCUGCUGAGCGGCGUCGAGCCCGGCGGUAACGGCCGAGGUCUCAACAAUACUGACCCCGUACCGGCAAAUCUCUGCAAGUUCCCGGAAAGGAACAGCACACUGGACGGCUGGAAUAUCUCGACGCCCCUCUCGCAAACCGAUUCGGCGGAAUAUUGCAAGGGCGAUUUUCUCACGGAACAGAGAAUACAGGGCAAGAUAAACACGGUGGUGCUCGCGAUAUUUUUCGUGUCAUUGCUCGGCGUUGGAAUGGGCCAAACGGCGGUGUACACCCUCGGUAUACCGUACAUCGACGAUAACGUGGCUAGCAGAGAGAGCCCUUUGUAUUUCGCGAUCACAAUUGGAGUGCGGAUUCUCGGUCCAGCAUUAGGCUUUAUUCUGGGUUCCUUUUGCACGAGGGUUUACGCGGACUUGUCGAGGACUCCACAAAUCACGCCGACUGAUCCAAGAUGGGUUGGUGCUUGGUGGCUUGGUUUGGUCAUAAUUUCCGCGAUGUUGGCGGUAGUAAGCAUCGCAAUGUUCGCGUUCCCGACACGUUUGCCAAAGAGCAGGACUCCGUCUCGACGAGCGGAUUCUAAAAAGCCAAGUCUCCGAGAUUUUCCGGCUGCAGUGAAACGCCUUCUGAAGAAUGACAUCCUGAUGUUCAGGACAGCAAGUAGCGUGCUGCACAUCUUGCCGAUCGCCGGUCUUUACACCUUUUUGCCGAAGUACCUCGAGAGCCAAUUUCGUCUGCCGGCUCAUGAUGCAAACUUGAUCUCAGGUGUUGGCGGCAUCCUAGUUAUGGGAUUGGGUAUAAUAAUUAGUGGAGUAUUUAUCUUGAGAGCGAAGCCUAACGCGAGGUUCGUCGCGGCUUGGAUCGCCUUCACCGCGAUCGUUUACGCGAUCGGCAUGGGUGUAUUGAUGUUUAUUGGUUGUCCGAUGGAUGAUUUCGCAGGACUCGUGUCACAUCCGGACGGACUUUCCAGCUUCGAGCCGACCUGCGAGGUUGCCUGCGACUGCGACCGAAAUAAAUUCAGUCCAAUCUGCGGUGUGGACGGUAGAACCUAUUUCUCCGCGUGUCAUGCAGGCUGCCCGAAUUAUACGGUUGUCGACGGGAAAGUGGCAUCGUACCAUAACUGUCAAUGCGUCGAACAAAACGUCACGAUACCGGAAGCAAUGAGCACGGCGACGAUCGGUUACUGCAAGUUGGAGUGCAGCAACUUUUGGGUUUAUAUGAUCCUGUUCUCGGUCUUCGUUUUUAUUCACUCGACUAGCGAGGUAGGGUCCAUGUUGCUCAUUCUGCGAUGCGUGGAUCCCAGGGACAAGGCCAUGGCGCUCGGCCUGAUACAGUUCGCCAUCGGUUUGUUCGGUAAUGUCCCGUGUCCUAUCGUUUAUGGUGCUGUGGUGGAUUCCGCUUGUCUUGUAUGGGAAUACUCUUGCGGUGAGCGAGGCGCCUGCUGGCUUUACGAUUCGAAUGUAUUUAGAAUGUUCUAUCAUGGUACAACUGGCGGUAUCCUCGUGUUGGCCUUCAUGAUGGAUAUAGUCGUCUGGUACAAGGCCGGGAGCAUAAGCUUCGUGGAGGAGCAAGAGGGCGAGGAAGGUACCGCAGAGGAAAUGGCGACGUUACAGUCGCAGGACGCUCAGACAGUUGAGAAUGACUAUUUGUGAAGGUUUCGUAUUACUCUUUGCGGUGAACGGGUCGCGGCCGAUGUGUCGUCGUCAUCAUCGUCUAAGGACGCAAGUGCAGUGUCGUAGGAUACUCGGGAACGGUGUCGUUCUUCUUCGCGAAAGGUACAUCGGCAUAGACCGCUCUGUCUUCCCGAAAACGACCUGACGGUCGCGAGAGGGAUCCUCUCUCGAAUGAGCUCGUGUCGACUCGGAAAGUCUAGUCUCUUUCUCUUUUCUCUCCUCCGGUAGGAGACGCCUCUCAGAACAAUCAACGUUGGUCGUGUGAUGCGAAUUAUCUUCAAUGUUUCGCGCGCGGACGCGAAGAUCAUAAGAAGACUGGCUGAAGAUCAUAAGAAGACUGGCUCUCUUUCUCGAGUUACGAGAGAAUCGCGAUCGUUGAACAAGGAAGAAGCAGAUACGAUUGUUAAGUCAGAAGAGUUAGGCUCUCGGAAGAUCAUUACGACUCAAUUACGACGUGCAGGAAGAAGGAUGACUUUCGCGGAGCGAGCGCAUUACAUGAAGACGAUGAGAUGCUGACUAUUGCGUCGCGAGGAUAUUCUUAUUAAGAACGCAGGAGAACCGUACGGAGAAGAGAGGAAUCUCUCUCUGUCUAUGAUAAGUCUCUCCCGAGAGCACCUCGGAGAAAAAGAAGUUAUAGUAAGGUUUCUCUCUCAGGGAGGCUGUUAGUAAGUACACGCAAUAUAAAAAAAAGUAAUACUUCCGUGCCUACGAAAUGAAACGGUGCUUGCGGCGAGUACGUGGGGAAUCCGCUUCGACGGAAUCCAGAGAAUCGAAUCGAAUCAAACCACACGGGCGGCCUCGCGGACGAACACGAUUCGCGACAGUGAGGGAUUGCAUCGUGAGUUUGCGCACCGGUGUUGAUUAGUUGAUUAUAUAUACGACGGCGUUCUCGUCGCUUCUCACGUUAUCUAACGGUAACGUUUACUAUGAAAGGAAACGCGAAAGGAAACGCGGGACACUUGCCUUAAUACAGGACUGAUUCUGACAAACGGGAUAGUGUUGGGUUUUGUAAAUGAAGAUAAAAAAAAUUGUGAAAUAUUUUUUGCAUGAAUUUUUUUUUAUUAUUCUGCGGAUAAAGGUAUUAAGUAAAGUCAAUUUUUUUUUUUCCGAGAUAUUCGACAUUUUAUUUCAGCAUUUCUCAAUAUUUGUUUUAAUGUUAUUCUUACAUCAUGUUCUAAUGUUUUACCAUUACACUUUAUACAUUUUCAUUUUUCAUAAUAUUUUGAAGCUGAUUGCAAUUUAUUUUUGAACGAUGCAUAUGGAUUCGCUCUUUCGAAUCAUUCAAACUCUUUCAAGUAAUUACGAAAAGACGUCGAAUAUCUUGAAAAAAAUUGACUUUUCAAAUACUUUUAUAUUUACAUAAUAAUGAAAAAAAAUUAAUUUAAGCAACAAAGUAUAUUGCUGCAUUAAAUAAGUGCAGGGGCAUUAGUGCAUCUGCAGCAAAAGUGAUGUUAUAGGAAGUUAGUAAUGCAAUAUCGUUUUUACCAUUUUUUUUUAGUUUUAUUUACAAAAUAACAGUUUCUCGUCCCAGUUGUUAAAAUCUGACAGUUCUGUAUAAAUGCAAGAUUUUUUAAUUUCAUAUAGAUGUUGUUACAAAGGAAUCGAAUGAAACGACAGCUCAAAAUUUUUUAAUAUUUCGAAACUGCAACGGCAAUAAUAAAACAUUUAUUGAUUGUGCAAAGCAACUAUACAAUUUUUCAAUAAAUUUUGAUUAUUAUAAAAUUUCAAUUA